GGCUCUGGCUACUAAACCAGAUCUCCCGACCAUUAAACCGGAUCUCCUGGCCAUUAAACUGGAUCUCCUGACCAUUAAACCAGAUCUCCCAGCUACUGAACCAGAUCUCCCGGCCAUUAAACCGGAUCUCCUGACCAUUAAACCAGAUCUCCCAGCUACUGAACCAGAUCUCUUGACCAUUAAACCAGAUCUUCCAGCCAUUGAACCAGAUCGUCUGACCAUUAAACCAUAUUUUGACCAUUAAACCAGAUCUCCUGACCAUUAAACCAAAUCUCCUGACCAUGAAAUAUGAUCUCCCAGUCAUUAAACCAGAUCUCCUGGCCAUUAAAUCAGAUCUCCCAGUCAUUUAACCAUAUCUCCUGACCAUUAAAUCAGAUCUCCCAGUCAUUAAACCAGAUCUCCCAGCUAAUGAACCACAUCUUUUAGCCACCUAAGUAGAUUUCUUAGAUACUGGAACCAGAGCUUUGGUCUCUGAACCAGAUCUCAGCCCUUCAGAUUGAAGAGCAGGGCUGAUUUGUGUUUGUCCCAUCAUUCUGUCUUUUUCUGUACCUUGUUGAUAAAUGACGAAGUAAAAAUUCAUGUCAAACAGAGGACAAGCCCAAGUGUACACAAUACAGGCCUGAUUCAAAACAUGGUGGGAAUGAAUUUCCUGAUCACAUCUUUUCACUGAGAUGGUUUUUUAAAUAUGUUAAAGAGGAUGUUCAAAACAAUGUUCAAUAACUUUUAUACUUCCAAGAUUGAAGAUUGGGGGAGGGGUGGGCAUACUGUUUUUGGUAUGUAAAUAAAUAAAUAAAUGUUUAUUCGGUAUAUACAUACAUACAAACAUACAUACAUAAAUACCAAGGAUUAACCCAUGAAAGCUUAUUUCCAAUGGGGUCCUUUGAUGCAGGGAUGUUUGUGCUAGGGGGUCAUUUAUAUGGGAGGAAACUGAAGUACCCAGAGGAAACCCACAUGUCCGAGCAUACAACCAUACAACCACUGCCGAUCACGGGGAUCGAACUCGGGUCACAACGUCUGUCAUCAAAUUGAAAUUUGGUAAAAACUUUUAAACUGUACAAGGUAGAGACUUCAUACAUGGUGAAGCUAAAAGUGAAGGUCAAUGCUGAUUGGCUGCUUAAGGUCAAGGUCAUUCAUCAAGGUCAUACGUGCCGGGACGGAACGUGGUCACACUGGGGAGCAUUGUCAUCUUACUUGAUUAUUAUUUUGGACACCAAAUCCAGGUGGAAAAUUAAAGCAUUCCAGUUUGCAUGCAAAUGCAACGUUAAAUUAUUUACACACCAAAGAUGUCCUUCACAGAGUCCGACGAGAACUUCGCGGUCCCUACGAUAGCAAUAACAAUGCCCGGUUUGUUGAGAUGUAUAUCGUCAAUGACGAGAGACUGUACCAGAAUUACAGAGGAGUGGAUAGCCACGUGAUUCAGAGAUCAAAAGACAUCGUGAACAUCGUUAGCAAGUUAUAUAACCCUCUGAAUAUCUACAUCGCCCUGGUGGGGGUGGAAAUCUGGAAAACGAACAAAAUCAGAAUCAGCUCUCAGGCCAACGAAACGCUGGAACAGUUCCUAAACUACAGAAAGUAUAACAUCAACCCGAAGCAUGAAAACGACAACGCUCAGCUGAUCACUGGGCAGCAGUUUAGUACUAACAUAUUGGGGAGAGCUUUUGUUAAUACUAUAUGCACAUUUAGUUCCUCUGGUGGCGUAACGUCUGAUUCGGAUGUGAACAACCGCCUGGUCCAGGUAGCCACCACCGUAGCUCACGAACUCGGACACAACCUGGGGAUGGCUCACGAUAAUUACUCAUUCUGUAAAUGUCCAGAUGACAAGUGUAUCAUGGCCCCCACUCAAGGAGGCAUUUCUCCACCCACUAAAUGGUCUUCCUGCUCACAGAUUGCCUUGGCUGAGAAUUUUGAGAUUGGUAUGGACUACUGUCUGAGGAACAAACCAGACAAGCUAUUUGAGGGCCCGGUCUGUGGGAACGGUUUUGUGGAGGAGGGGGAGGAGUGUGACUGUGGACUACCAAAGGACUGUAAGAGCAGAUGCUGUAAUGCAUCAACAUGCAAACUAACACCCGGUGCUGUGUGUGCAACAGGAAAGUGCUGCAAUACACAGGCUUGCACGUUAAAACCCCGAGCCACCCUGUGUCGAGGAGCCUAUGAGGAAUGUGAUCUGCCAGAAUUCUGUAACGGGGAGUCAGAGUUUUGUCCAUCCAAUGUGUACAGGAGUAACGGGAUAUCAUGUGGUAAUGGUCAGUCGUACUGUUUGAAUGGGACGUGUAAGACACACACAGGACAAUGUCGGCUGCUCUGGGGGGAGACAGGAAGAGUGUCCGAUCCAAUCUGUUUCCAGCACCUCAAUGUCAAUGGCUCCAGCACAGGGAAUUGUGGGUAUAAUUUGAAGACCAGACGGUACAACCGUUGUGAUAAAGACAGUGAUGUGAUGUGCGGCCUCUUGCAUUGUGUCCAUCUGAACGAGAAACUCAUGUUUUGGCGGGAGUCUCUGGCCAUUGCUACCCCUGCCUCCUUCCUGCAGAAGGGGUCAAAGGUCUAUGUGUGUCGGUCCGCCACGCUGGAUGUCGGACUCAACAUGCCAGACCCAGGUCAAGUACCUGAUGGAGCCAAGUGUGGACAUGAAAAGAUUUGCUACAACCACAAAUGCACAUCCCUCGCUCGACUAGCCACAAAGAACUGCCCAGAUUGCAACAAUAAUGGGGUGUGUAACAGUAUCGGACAAUGUCACUGCAAUGAGGGGUUCGGUCCCCCAUUCUGUAAUGAGCCUGGCUUCGGGGGAAGCUUACAUAGCGGUCCUAUCAAAAUGAAAGAUAACGAUGAUCUGUUGAUUGGAUUGCUGGUGACCUUUGCGAUGAUCAUCGUGAUUGGCUGCUUGGUUUUCUUAGCAUUCUUCUACAGGGAGUCACUAAAGAAAUGGUGGCAAAAUCAUCCAGGGAACCUUAAGUAUAGGGUUCCGUGCUUUUCAUUAUCGUCAUGGAAACGACCUGCAAGAGGUGCUUCUGGAGGAGGAGGAGUUAUCGAUGCCAGGAAUCCAAACAUUGAGAGAGAUAUAUCAGUGCCAGUGUUUCAGAGUACCACUGCUAAUCAAAUGCAGAACAGGACAAUCAAAAAUGAAUCUAGUAAAGAAAAAGUAGCUUUAAAACCACAGUCCAAAUCCAAAACUCCUGUUACAAGGCCGGAACCACCCAAAUUCUUAAAACGAUCCAAGAAACAAGAAUCCAGUUCCGCUACGUAUCAGAAUGUUGCUGUCAGUGCCCCUCCCAGCCAGGCAACACAACAGGAAUCUUCUUUUCAAGAAGUCAAAUUAAAUCCUGUUCCAUCAGACAAUAAAGUAUCGAGAUCUAUAUUUUCAAAGUUUUCCAGAAAAACGUCAAAAAGUGGAGAAAGCCAGAAAUCAGAGGAAACCGUUCCACCCCCUAUGUUUACCCCCAUUGUGAAACCAGGAACAAAACCAGUUUCAAAGCAACAAACCAGUGCAUUGAAACCAACUACUCCGGCUGCGGCUUUGAAACCUACUGCUCCGGCUGCGGCUCUGAAACCUACUGCUCCGACUGCGGUUCUGAAACCUACUGCACCAGCUGCGGCUCUGAAACCUACUGCAUCAGCUGCCGCUCUGAAACCAACUACAUCAGCUGCCGCUCUGAAACCAAGUCCCCCCUCUGCUGCACUAAAACCAUCCUCACCAGCCACUGCAUUAAAGCCAGUGGCGAGGCAAAAUUCCAACCCUUCAAACCAACCAGUCACCAGGCAGGAUUCCAGUUCUUCUGGAAAUGGAGUUCCAAUGCGCAAAGAGCGUGUUACUCGUGAAAUUUCUAACCCUGUGCUAAUUAGCACAACAGACAGACGAUCUCAAGCUUUUGUGCACGAGAUCAAAGAUGGUCAGUUGGUACCACCAGUUCCGGCCCAUUCAAACCGGAGCAGCUCUGGUAGUAGUAGCAGUGGACAGUCACCUUCCAGACCAAAGUCGAUGCCACUGCAGGCUCAAAAACUAGCAUUCCUUGGGGAUCAGAAGCAGAAGGCUGCCGAGGAGCCCAUUCUAAAAUCCCCUCAGAGACCUCCUCCUAGUUAUGAGGAGUACGUCAAAAAGAAGGGUCCUGCAGAGAAAAAAUCUGGUCAGACACCAAGAUUAGGGACCUCAGAUGAAGUGACUUUUCCAUUGGCUAAAAAUAGAAAUCCCAUUCCUAAAUUUGGCAGUAACUUAAAGGAAGAGUCUUCCAGGAAACCACUCUUACCGAAAGUGAAAUCCUUUGGUAAAGUAACGGAACAACCGGACUCGAAUGACAGAAAACCCAAACCAUCCAGAUCUCCACCUAAACCGGGAAUGAAAUUGCCCAAGAAACAAGCACAGGCAAGCUCAUCGUUAGAGACAGCAGACUCUUUUGAAAAAUUGCAGGAAGCUCCUGCUGUGGCACACAUAAAAGCUAUGUUUGAUUCCAUGGACGUGGGGAAGAAAUCUGUGUUCGGUUCAGACAGUUCCCUUGGACAGUUGGGAACCAAAUCUCAACCAGUAACCGGUGACACAAGACCAAAACCUUCACCUAAACCCGGAUCUGGUUCAAAGGUCCGUAGUGUUAAUGUAUGAGUACUUGUGAUAUGAUAGGAGUACUAGGGUGCCAUUUAAACAAUAGAUAUGUAUACUUAAUUCAUUGAUACCAACACCAUAUGUUGAUUUAAGUUAUGUAAUUCCAGGCGUACAAGCAGUGCUUAGCGUCCUCACAGUAACCACUGAUUUAAAGAGGUGACUUGAAUACUGCUAAACAUUAUAAUUUUAAAAUGUUAUUGCCAGUAUUUCAAAACAUUGCAUUGACUUGAGCAAUAUGACUGAUAACUUUGAUACUGAUACACAGCAUUUGCUGGGUGUUCGAUGUCUGCUUGUACAAAAACUUAUCAUGCAGCUGGUGCUCCACACUUAUUUGCAAUACCUCAUUUACCAACUGAAUUUUAAAAAGACACAAAUUCUUUUAUACAGUAAUUAUGUUAUUAUUUUUUUUUUUGCUUUCUGCUUGUCAGACAUUGUUGUUUACAUAAUGCGAAAAUUAAAGAGUCGUGUUUAUGUUAUGAAAAUGACAGUCUUGAAAUUUUCAUCUCCUGUUUUUUAAUUACAGUAAUUGUGUAAUGCGUGAAAUUCAUAUUUAUACUUGUACGUAGCCUAAAGUUAUAGAACUUCAUAGUAGAAUUUAAAUCUAAUAUUAAUAAUAUACCGUGGAAUCAUUUCAAUUCGUGGGGGCCAACGUUCGUGGGUAAGCAAAAUUUUGCAGGUUCGUGGGGAAGUAAUUUCGUGGGUAAGCGAUACGUUGUCACUAGGAGAGAUAACUCUACUUGGUUUAAAAAAAUGUUUGAGGACACGUAAAUUCGUGGGUAAGAUUGACCCAUGAAAUCCACGAACAUCAACUCCCCACGAACAAUGAUGAUUCCUCAGUAGAUUUAGGAGAGCAACAAUAUAGGUGAACGUGUACAGCAAUAUCCGCACUGUAUGUGAUAUAAUUUUACGUUAUAGAAUGAUACUCGCUUAACCCAUUCCUUUAUUUGAGAUUUUUUUUUGUAUGAGAUUUUAUGUUGCGUAGAUGUCAGGCCAAGUGUUGUUGUUUUGUGGCAUCUGAAAGAGAGAGAAUGAGACAGUCACUGAUACAGUCCUGUGCCUUUUGAUUUGUUUAUAAUACACUUAUUCUUGUUUACGUGUAGGAGAUCGAUGCUUCUGUAAUGGAAAUCAAGAACUGAUUGUAGAUACUGUUUAUUUUUUAUGUGCAGCUCACAGUAAGAAUUGAUUGUAGAUACUCCUUAUUUUUUAUGUGCAGCUCACAGUAAGAAUUGAUUGUAGAUACUCUUUAUUUUUUAUGUGCAGCUCACAGUAAGAAUUGAUUGUAGAUACUCUUUAUUUUUUAUGUGCAGCUCACAGUAUUCUUGCCGUAUUAGUGACUGUUCACAGUUUUAUAGAAGUUUCACAUUUACGUCCAUUAAUAUCCAUUAAUAUAUUAAUAUUAUAGUAUUAUUAUUAAUAUAAUAUUCCACAUCUACGUCCAUUAAUAUUGAAAAUGUUUUUUCAUAACUCAUGUAUUUCAUUUUAACUUUUUUCUUUGCUCUAAAACUAACUACAGCAUUCUGUUGAAAGAUAAGAAAAAAGGUAGUCAAUUUAAUUGACAUCAUUUAUGGCAGCCAUUCGGUACCUUAAUAUACAAACGUGGGGUCUCAACACUGAUAUGUGGGAGGCUGCAAUGACGACUCAUUGGAGUUGUUAUAGCAAAACAGUAUACUCAAUCAUACUUAUCAAAAUACAUAUAGAUAUUCACACUAGUCCCUGUACAUCUUUCCAAAGGCACAUUUCUUUUUAAUUUCUUGUAUGAAUUGGUGCAUAUAACAUGUAAUAGUGUUUGUCAUUCCAUUGUUUCAUUUUUGCUUGUGUUAAUACUCCUGCGAAUUGUAGAGUGUAUGCAAUUUGAACUUCCUCAGUCAAAUCACAUUCAGAAUUUCAAAAGCCGUAGUGGCAUUACAGAAGUAAAUUGUAGAAUAUUAUCAAGAUUGAGUUUUUGAUAGUUCAUUAAUGUGUUGAAAUCAUGGAAUUUGAUAUAUGAAAAGCAUAUCUUGAAAAUGAAAUACAUGAGUAAAAUAUGUGAUUGAUUUAUUUAAUAUUCUCUUCAUUCUUGGAGGUCAUAUGGAGGUUGAUUUGAAAGGAGAUUGAAUAAAACAUAAAAUAUAGAGCUGUU